AUGACUGCCGUAACCACGACCUUGGCCAAGGACGAUAGGAGUGCUGCUACAGACACCGACACCUCCUCGCUGGUGCACGUUGAACCCACCGCCGAGAAUGCCGACCUCUACACCAUGGACCUCCCAGAGUACACUCAACAGGUCGCGGGCGGAGAAAUCUCGGUAGAUGCAAAGUCGACACAAAACGAAAAGCAGCACAACCAAGACCAGUCACCAGCAUACGAUCCACUCCCAAGCCCAGAACCACGGAGUCUUCAAGAAGAGCACGAGUAUGACAUGCAACAGGAUGUUAGCGACCAAGAAAACCCAUCGCAUACACGUCCAUCAACCCCUCCAGCCUUGACACAUGACUUCACAGAAGCUGAUGCAACGGCUAGCAUUGCUAGCGUACGAGCAUGUAGCAUCCUUCACGAUAGACCAGCAGUAUGGCUAGUCAAGCGGAAGAGCCUUGCCCUGUCGCCGCUUGCGGCUGCGGUGCUUACUAAAGAGGGUCUUCUUCAACCCAAAGACUUGCAUCUCAUAUCUCAAUACUCAGACAUGAAGCACGACCCCACCGACCCGGUAUCCGCUGCUUUUCUCACUACCUACGACGUGGUAAGCGGAAUCAUGCUGGGUCUCAUAGCAGGACCCGUCGAAUUGGGAAAACAAACAACACCACUGCUACUGCAGCGCGAGAUAAGACGCAAAGAGAAGCGCGACGGGACUGCUAGCCCAUCAAGUCCUCUAGACACCAAAGACUCGCCUCAUGCGGCACGCCAGGUAGCCCUCAGUACUGCCAAAGGAUUCGGACGCAUCAUCACCACCAGUCUGAAGAGUCCAGCGAUUGUCAUGCAUGGUAUUACUCGAGGUUUCCAUAACCUUCCCAAAGCGUAUGGUGAGGAGGUACGGCAGUAUGAGAAUGUGACUGGGUUGAGGAGUGGACUGCUGGUCAGCUUCAAGAGCUUUGGUUACGGACUGAGUGAUGGCAUAAGGGAUCUUAUAAUCAAACCCAUCGAUGGUGCGGAGAAGAAUGGUGUCCUGGGUUUUGCUGCUGGAUGUGCGACUGGCGUUAUGAAUGCGGCCUUUAAGCCUGCUGCUGGUAAGUGGCGCUUUGUUAUAGAUGACGACUGGUUGGCUGACUGA